AUGAGCAGUGUGGUGGACGUGUGGUGUAACCCACCUACGGCAGAAGUAUGGAGGCGGCUGCCCGAGGUGGCCCGCCUGUUCGUCAAGUCUGGGUCCCCGUUGCUCGCCUCUCCCCCCACCAACGCAUCGAAGCCGCAGGAGGCUGAGGCCCUGACCAUGAGCCCGAAGCAGCUGGUGGCGCUCAUGGACCAAGAAGGCAUCGACCGCAUCAUGCUGUGCGCUUGGUGCAGGCCCGGCCAGUGGAUCUUCACCAACGAGCAAGUUCUGGAGUACACGCGGGCCUACCCUGAUCGGUUUGUGGGCAUUGCGACGGUGGACCUCGACAAGCCCGUGGAGGCCGUCGAGAUGCUCGAGAAGGCCGUGUGUGAGUACGGCUUCAAGGGUCUUAAAGUGUUGGGCUGGCUGUGGAAGCUUCCGCCCAAUGACAAGCUCUACUACCCUCUCUACGUGAAGUGCACCCAGUUGGGCAUUCCGUUCUGUCCUCAGGUUGGCCACACAGGACCCCUGAUGCCGUCCGAGCCGGGCCGGCCGGUCCCUUACUUGGAGGAGGUGGCGCUGACCUUCCCUGACCUCAAGAUCGUGGGCGGACACAUCGGCCAUCCGUGGACCGAGGAGAUGAUCAACCUCGCGUGGAAGUUUGACAACGUGUACAUCGACACCUCGGCCUACUUGCCGCGCUACUACCCGAAGCCGUUGGUCCAUUUCAUGACCACGCACGGGCGAGACAAGGUCCUGUUCGGCACCAACUUCCCGCAGCUCAGCUGGAAGCGCUGUGUGGAGAGCGUGCAGCGCGACCUGCGUCUCGCGCCCGAGAUCUACGAGCGCUUCAUGUGGAAGAACGCCUGUAAUGUGUUCGGCCUCGACGAACGACAACCAGCACCGUCGCUCUCGAUCGAGCACCACAACGCCAAGCUGUAA